AUGGCUGAUUUUGAAUCAGAGCAUGACCUACUCAAUUUACCAACCCCACCUCGUGACCCAACUCUGGUGCUACCCGCGGAUAAUGACUCUCUUCCAUUAUCUCCCUCACAGACAGAUGGAAGUAGCAAUGAUGCUGUUGUUCCUUCAAACAAUCACGUUGAGACUCUUGCAACAAGUUUGCCUGAACCAGAUGGUCAUUACCUCGACCUUACAUUAACUUGCGGACCAGUCACAACUAACACAAUUCCGGAGAUAGAAGAGGAUGAUGGUGGGAGUUCUUCUGAUGGGUGUGUCAGACCCUCUUGGUGGGUGUUAAAUCUUAAAAUUAUGAUGACUAAGUAUUAUUGUAAUCUUAUGCAGCUUCAGAUAUUGAUAACGGCAAGUGUUUUCAAAACACUUAGGUGGUAA